AGUUUUUCUUAUAAAUAGUGUGAAAUAUUGCAGAGUUCUCCACAAAAACAACAAAACAACUAUUGCAGAGAUGCAAUCUCAGGGUGCUAUUGUCUUAGCUCUUUUUGGGGUGCUUCUGUGCUUUGUGAGUACUAUCGAAUCAAGGAACAAUCUAGUCAAAGAGUCUCAGCCCGGUGGAAACUUCCCCUUGUAUACUUAUUACAAGAAAAGCAAAGAUGGCGAUGUUCUUCCCGAACAACAACCACUAGAGACUCAGCCUAGUGGAAACUUCCCCUUGUAUACUUAUUACAAGAAGAGCAAAGAUGGCGAUGUCCUUCCCGAACAACAACCACUAGAGCAUCAGCCUAGUGGAAACUUCCCCUUGUAUACUUAUUACAAGAAGAGAAAAGAUGGCGAUGUUCUUCCCAAAGAACAGCCACUAGAGCCUCAGCCUAGUGGAAACUUCCCCUUGUAUACUUAUUACAAGAAGAGAAAAGAUGGCGAUGUUCUUCCCCAAGAACAGCCACUAGAGCCUCAGCCUAGUGGAAACUUCCCCUUGUAUACUUAUUACAAGAAGAGCAAAGAUGGUGAUGUUCUUCCCGAAGAACAACCACAAGAGCCUCUGCCUAGUGGAAACUUCCCCUUGUAUACUUAUUACAAGAAGAGAAAAGAUGGCAAUGUUCUUCCCAAAGAACAGCCACUAGAGCCUCAGCCAAGUGGAAACUUCCCCUUGUAUACUUAUUACAAGAAAAGAAAAGAUGGCGAUGUUCUUCCCAAAGAACAACCAGAGUCUCAGCCUAGUGGAAACUUCCCCUUAUAUACUUAUUACAAGAAGAGCAAAGAUGGCGAUGUUCUUCCCAAAGAACAGCCGCUAGAGCCUCAACCUAGUGGAAACUUCCCCUUAUAUACUUAUUACAAGAAGAGUAAAGAUAGUGAUGUUCUUCCCAAAGAACAACCAGAGCCUCAGCCUAGUGGAAACUUCCCCUUGUAUACUUAUUACAAGAAGGAAAAAGAUGGUGAUGCUCUUCCCGAAGAACAGCUAAAGCCUCAGCCUAGUGGAAACUUCCCAUUAUAUACUUAUUACAAGAAGAGACAAGAUGGUGAUGUUCUUCCUGAAAACAAAUCACCAGAUGAGUCUGAAGGAAGUGGAAAUUUAGGACAUGCCAAAUUUUAAUCCAAAAGUUGUGGCCAUCGGGUAGAACAUUGUUAAGAAUAUGCCAAUAUUUUUCUUUCCUCUUGUUUGUCGAAGUAUUGUACUAUCCUAUAAGGUUUACUAAGAUGUAUGGGGAAUAAAUAAGGCAUAAGUAGUUGUCCUUUCAUGUAAUGAAUUAAUGUAAUGUUUCCAUUAUAUGAAAUUAUUUCUAGCAAAUAUUUGAUGUCUUAA